CGCUUGUGCAAACUUCAGUGAUAGUGUCUAAAGAGGUGUAUUUACACACCGUGGAUGAUUCAGGAGCCCUGUAAACACUUGACCUGACAGUAGGCAAUAUACCCGUCGCGAGCCAGCUGAACAUCUGCGCAGCCCAAGUCAAACCCAAAGCUGUUAUAGCUACUUACCGGCUAGCUUGAGUGAUGAAAUCAUGGCGUCAACUUAACUUUCACACCAACGUCUAGUCUACACCAACUGCGGCUCUUAACUUGCAACUCAGCAGGGCCGCACUGUAAGUGCGAUAGGCUAAAAGGACUUGCUUGAGGAAGAGCCCCGGGGCCAGGGGGCCCCGGCCGUUGUUGGCAGGCGGAAGCACAGCGGGGCCGUCAGCGGGACCUCAGGGCUUCACAAUGGCAUCUGAUGACAUGGAUGUUGAUGGCGAGCAUUGGGGCAGCGAUGACAUUAAGAAGGGCGCCUGGACGCCUGAGGAGGACGCCCUUCUAACCAAGCUCAUCGCAACUUAUGGCACAAAAAACUGGAGCAUUGUGGCGGCUGGAAUCAAAGGACGCUCAGGAAAAAGUUGUCGCCUGCGAUGGCACAACCAAUUGAACCCAGAUGUGAAGAAGGAGCCGUUCUCCGAAUGGGAGGACGCAGUGAUUAUCUUGGCCCACGACGUGCAUGGCAACAAAUGGGCGGCGAUCGCCAAGCUGCUAAGCGGCCGAACCGACAACAGCGUGAAAAACCACUGGAAUGCCACCCUCAAACGCAAGGUGAACACCAACACGUUGCGCAACCGCUUCCUGAAGGAGCGCGCCUCGCUGCAGUGGCUGCUGGACCACCCGGACCUGGACGCGUCACGGCAGAAGGAGACGGGAAAGAACGAAAUCUCCAUCAACGGCAACUGGGCGGGCAAGGCGACCAAGCGCGCGCAGGCCACCCUUGCAGCGGGGGGUGGCGGAGGUGGAGGCGGUUCGCGAAGCCGCCGCACGGCGGCCCGCCGCUCCCGCGCCGCCGACUACUACUCGGGCAGCGGCUCUGAUGAUGAUGAGGCGGGCGGCGGAUACGAGGAGGCGGACGGAGAGGAGGACGUGGGGGUUGAGGCAGCGGAGGCUGAGGCAGCAGAGUAUGGCGUCGGGGGUAUAGGAGGAGUGGGAGGCGGCAGCGGCCUGAUCGGGCGGGGGAGGCGCAGCCGGCGAGGAGGAAUGGCGGGAGCAGCAGGAGGGGCUAUGGAUGCAGAUGAAGGGGGGCUGCCUGGUAUCGGGUUGGGACCCAUGGGUCUGGGAGGCGGCUUUGGUGGUUUCGGCGCGGCGGCAGGAGCAGGCGGCCUGGGCGUGGCGGGGCCGGGGCCGGGCUCGCUGCACGCGGCGGCAGCGCUGCAGCGACUGUCCGGGGACUUUGGGUUGGGGGGACUGGGCGGCGGGCCACCGGGCCUCGGCGGCAUGGCGGGCGGUCUGGGUGCUGCAGGCCUGGGAGGACUAGGGUUGGGCCCUGCAGGCCUCGGACCCUUGGGCUUGGG